CAAGGCGCACGUCAUUCACGUUACUGGCUAUGACAGGGGAUUUGCUGAGCAAGAGCAUGCUAGUAAUUUGACAGUUAGAGUAUAAGAGGCAUCCCCGCUAUAUGACAUCUUGUUUUGACAGGGAAGACCUGUGGUCAACGCCGAAAUUAGAAGUACCACAGGUUAACUGAACUUAAGAACUGAUCGGGACUGGAGGAAAAAAAACAACCGACGGAGGCGAGAAUUAAAUCUGGGUUUCUUAUUAAGUUUUGCCAGUUUGUGCAAGACUUUCAAAAUUAUUUCAUCCAUCCACUUUGCCAAACGAGGAUGAGUUACAGCCUUAACUCUUUUCCACUUUACCCGAGUUGCGCAGCGGACUCGGGUCCAAUAGAAGCAUCGUACCCAGUCACUCAUACAACGGUAACUGACCGACGGAACAACAAUCUCACUGUAAACGGACCGUCUGCCCACCAUGCUUUACACAUGGCAGCGCCGCAGAAAUCUUCCUUUGCGAUAGAAGAACUAUUAGGCCUGGGAGAAGAACCCUCUAACCCCCAAGGAAUAUUUUUAGGGUCCAUGGGACCCUCGCACGGCUUUCACAAUCCCCCGCCGUAUUCUUCGGCGACAUCCCAUUACCUGCCGUGUAGCAGUAGUAGUGGUACCUUCCCUUCCUUACAGUCCUCGCACGGGCAGGUGCCCUCUACGUGGAGUCACAGCUAUGCUUUUGCUUCACCCUCCAGUUUUCCAGCAGCCAACUCACGAGGAGACGACGGGCAGAGAUUGCUCGUUCCCAGUCUGAGGCAACCUUCGGUCUUUACAGGGCCACCUGAAGGAUUCACAGAUCCAGGAAACGCGGACAGUCAGAGCGGGAAAAGAAAGAAGAAAAGGCGACACAGGACCAUUUUCUCCACGCCCCAAGUGGACGAACUAGAGAAAGCGUUUAAGGACGCCCAUUAUCCAGACGUCUAUGCCAGAGAAGUUUUGUCGCUAAAAACCGAUCUUCCAGAAGACAGAAUACAGGUCUGGUUUCAAAAUCGACGCGCAAAAUGGCGAAAAACCGAGAAGAAAUGGGGCAAAAGCAGUAUCAUGGCAGAAUAUGGUCUGUACGGGGCAAUGGUGAGACACUCACUGCCACUGCCAGAAGCCGUGAUCAAAUCUGCGGAAGAGGAGGGAGAAAAUAACAGUGCCCCUUGGCUGCUAGGGAUGCACAAAAAAUCGGCGGAGGUUAAUUCGUCAAUGAAAAACGAGGGAGGUGAAAGGCCGGUCUCCAUAGCAGAUAAAGACAGUUUUCGAACGGAGAGUAUUGCAACACUGCGAGCCAAAGCACAAGAAUACUCAGCAAAAGUAGUCCUUGACGCUCGCGUGGAGGACGAUUCUGAGGGCAAUUCGGAAGACAGUAGGGACACUUCACUCGAAUCUCAACCGUCUCGAGAUGAUCUGAAUUUAUAAGAAGAAGAAUUAAUUUUUAGAAUUUUUAUCCAAAGUUUAUAUCUUUGUGGGGAUAAUCACUGACAGUUGACAACACCAAGACCUGCUAAAAUAAAGCACGAUAUUGUUACUUUUGUAGUAAAUGGAAAUAUGCAUGUAUGAUCAGCGUGUUCUCGUGGAGCUAUCGAGCUCCAAACUCGAUGCUGAUGCUUAUGUUGAUGCUCCAUACUCUUUGAUAUCUUUUAAUAUAGAUAUCUACUUUUGUCCCCUGUGAAUAUGUCACGUGGGAAGUUACUUGCAUC